AUGGACGGUGAUAGGAAGUUCAUUGUUAAAAGACCCGAAGUCCUAAGAAAACUCAACGCGGAGAGCUUGCAGCUGAUCGAGCGCGGUCUACUUGGCGACUUACCCGACAAACUUAAGCCGCAGCCUCUUGUCCCAGUUCGGGGACAUUCGACUGAUGUAGUGGUUGCGAAACCAUCUGGCCUCUUAUCUGCCUGUUUACCUGUUGUGCCAGACUCACCGAAAUCGGAAAGACACACUCCGUCAGAUGAUGAAGGGGUGUCGCCACUCAGAAAAACGUUCAGUUUUCGCGACAAAUUCUCUCGAAUGAGCUUCUUUGGUAAGGAUAAAGAAAAGCCUAAAUGGAAAAGCAUCGAAGAAGAUGUACCGUUGCAAACGCUGAAAGAAAUCAAUCAUCCAUCGAAAGACGAUGACCAGGAGUUAAAAUCAAGCAAACGAUUCUGGUUCUUCAGAAACAAAGAACUGAUGGAGAAGAAGAGUAAGCUUCAGAAGCCAAUUUAUACAAGAAGUAAGAGUUUCGAGUUUCUGCCGCGAGCUAUAGAAGAGCAAGCAGAUGUUAAAGUGGGAAAGAAUACAAUAACAAAAAACCAGUCCUACGCUUACGGGAGUAGUGACACGAUGGCUGACCCCUGGUCUUCCACUGAAAGCCUCGAAUAUUUAUCAAAUGUGUACUAUGACAAUGAUGACAGCGUGUUUCUAAAAAGUAUCAGAGAGUUUCCAUCUGAGUCUUCUAACAACAACUCCAGUAUAUCCAAUGCCACUUCAGCCUCGAGCGGAAUUACCGUGAACAUUAUGAAAGAGAAGUCAAUGCAGGAUUUGCUGGAGGAAUUCGAUAAGACGGUAGACAUGUUCAGUGAGAAUUAUUCGAGUGAUUGUGAACCUUACACGAAGUCGGAGAAAGAUUUGUGUGUCCAGGACAAGAGAAAGAGUUCAUCGUUAACCAAUCUUCCAUCUCCCAAGUUAGUGCAUGUGCCUAAAGUGGAUAAAGUAAGUGAUGACUUUAAAGCGGAGUUAUCAAAAAUGUUGAGUGUAAAAGGUGAAAGUCGUGGGUGGAGUGGAAGAAGGGGAUCGGUUACCGAUUGGUUUAUUCUAGAGGAUAAAGAUGCUGCGGCCGUGAUCGAGGAGAAUAAGUACAGACGAGCGCAGAAGAAGCCGACAAAGAGAGUAAGAAGGAUCAGUUCGACAAAAUACGUAAGUAGUUUUAUACUUUCAUAUAAAUCAUGUUCAAGUUAUCUCGUACACCAGUACUAUUAUCGCUGA